AUGGAAGUAAUGGGUGUUGCUGGGGUAAUUGUAAAUUGUGCUUUAAUAGGCCAAAGUUGUUUGAUGCAAAGAAUAUUUCCAGAUUUAUCAGCAACUGGACAAAUUUUGGUUGUCGUUAUAAUGGAACAUCUAUUUUUAGGUGCACGAUUAUUAAUGGAUUUAUUAAUACCUGAUACACCAAAUUGGGUAAGAUUAGAAAUAAGUAAAAUGGAACAUCAAAAAAAAGAAACAUAUAAAAAAAAUUCAAUUAUAUCACAACGUAAGAAUACAAUACAUCAAGUACAUCAUAUUUUUCAAAAUGACCAUAUGAAUAAAUUACCAAUUGAUGGACAUAGAUCAAAUAUAGAUAAUAAACAAUAUUCUUCAAAAUCAUUUAUUAGAUAUUGUCGUAAUAGGAGAAGUUGCACACCAAGUGAUAGGAGAACCCUACUUUUAGAUGACAAUGAAAUUAAUACAUAA